UUGGCCGCUGAUGUGGGAGGAAAUCGUCGCUUGUUUGCAAUUUCAGUACCACUUGGUGCAUUGAUGAUUUCACCCUUAGCUUUUGUGCAAUAUCUUGUGUAUACCACGAAUUACGCAGGGAGCAUUAAUUCCGCCAUAAUCCUAUUUGGAGGUUUGGGAAUCGGGCUAAUGAUUUUUGAUUACUUUGUUGGUCAUUCGGUCAGCAUUCAGGCCUCAACCAUAUCACAUGUAUCGACUGGCUGGCCCUUAUCGAUAGCAAGCGUUAUUAUAUGGGGUUUGAUUUGGUUCCAUGGGGAAUUUUCGAUCUUGGAUAUUAUCUUCUGUGUUAUUAUGUUUGUGGGGAUUUAUAAUCUUAUCUUGUCGGAUGCGCACUAUGCUGCAGAAACUCAGUUCCCGUCGCCAGGGAUUAGUG